AUAAUAAUAAUAAAAAGAAAAAUAGAAAGAAACUGUCAAGCUGUUUCUCAGUUUCUCCGCCACAUUCCCACAUCUCCUUCUUCUCUUCUGUAUAAAUUUUCAUUUUUCUCUCUGCUUCUCUUCUCCCAUUCUUCGUUUCCUCUCUUUCCCAGUCUCUCUGAAUCUGAAUCUGAAGGAGUUGUCCGGCGUCUGGGAAUCCAAUGGCUGCAAUUUUCCAGGGAGUGGGAGCUGCUACUGCUUUAUCACAUUCCAAGAAUUUCAAUCCUCGAUUCGUUUCUGCUAGGAAGGCGAGUUUCGUUGUUGUCAGAUCUGAUGCGAACGUCAAAUUUGGUUCUAAUCUGAGAGGUCGCAAGGCAGAGCAAUUCACCACUAAUGCUGUUGCAACGAAGGCCGAUAAUUCUGCGAUUUCUUCAACUUCAAAACCUGGACAUGAACUUCUGCUUUUUGAGGCCCUGCAAGAAGGCUUGGAUGAAGAGAUGAACAGAGAUCCUUGUGUAUGUGUUAUGGGCGAAGAUGUGGGCCACUAUGGAGGCUCAUACAAAGUGACCAAAGGCCUAGCAGAGAAGUAUGGGGAUCUUAGGGUUCUUGAUACACCUAUUGCAGAGAAUUCUUUCACUGGUAUGGGCAUUGGAGCUGCCAUGACUGGACUGAGACCUGUUGUUGAGGGUAUGAAUAUGGGAUUUCUUCUCCUUGCAUUCAACCAGAUCUCUAACAACUGCGGAAUGCUCCACUAUACAUCUGGUGGCCAGUUUAAAAUACCAAUAGUUAUUCGUGGACCUGGUGGAGUUGGCAGGCAACUAGGGGCUGAGCACUCACAACGUCUUGAAUCAUAUUUUCAGUCUAUUCCUGGUAUCCAGAUGGUUGCAUGCUCAACCCCUUAUAACGCCAAGGGCUUGAUGAAAGCUGCAAUCAGAAGUGAGAACCCAGUGAUACUUUUUGAGCAUGUUUUGCUCUACAACCUUAAGGAGAGAAUUCCAGAUGAAGAAUAUAUCUGUAACCUUGAGGAAGCUGAAAUGGUCAGGCCUGGGGAGCAUGUUACCAUUUUAACCUAUUCCCGGAUGAGGUAUCAUGUAAUGCAGGCUGCCAAAACUUUGGUGAACAAAGGUUAUGAUCCUGAAGUAAUUGAUAUCAGGUCUUUGAAACCAUUCGACCUUUACACCAUUGGGAACUCCGUUAAAAAGACACAUCGUGUUCUGAUUGUGGAGGAGUGCAUGCGAACUGGCGGUAUUGGUGCUAGCUUGACAGCCAUCCUUACAAUGAUGCAAGCUGGUGUCCGUAUCUGA